CCAUUAGCUGUGUUCCUGAAUCCUUGGCUGACAAAGGGGCAGGCCAAUCCCAUGGAAGUGUUUAGUGUAGGCGGGAUCAAGGACAAUUUAUUUUAGAUGCGCACUGUCUUAUGCGCAGAACUUUGUUGUCCUCUUGAAUCUCACGAAAACAGCAAGAUGGCGACCCGGGACGCCGGCCCUGCGUGCCCCCUCCGAUCCGGACGCUCGCCUACUCCCUCCUAGUCUCCUCCUUGGCCUGUCUACUUUGCACUUCUAUGACCGCAGAAACCUCUAGGAAUAGAUCAACUAAACAAAUAAAGAAGAGCAAUGGAGAAGAGCAGAAUCCAAAGAUCUCCAGAUAGACCUCUACUGUCUCAGUCAAAAUUAUAACAACUGCUACCCUCUUCCACCAAACAACCAAACCCCUUUCAAAGCAUCCGCCCCUAACGCCUAAGUGCGCAAGAGAGAGCCACAAGGAUGUACCAGAUAGUACCAGGGGGUCAGGGGGACCAGAACACCAGUGAAAGGAUCACCGGCUCCCCACUGAAGAAGAAGCUUGGUCGGGAUGGCCGGCCCCUGGUGGUGGCUGGUGUGCUCGGCUGUGUGUUGGUGCUGGCUGCCAUCGUCUCGUGGUGCUACUACACCGCAUCGCUCCGUCAAGCCCAGCUGUUGAAGACCGAGCUGCUGAACCUCAACAAGGACGGCUUCGCCAUCCGUAACCAGGCUGGGUCGAUCAUCUUCAGCAUGGCCUUUAAAUCUGGCACUCUCGACUUGGACUCCUGCUCCAAGCAGGGCAGCGUUCUGAGCUGUUCUCGUUCCGAUUCUGGCAAUCUCAAUUUCUUUGUCCAGACUGUCGGGUUCAAGGACACGGUGAUGUGUUACCGCGUUCGCUGGGAGGAGCUAGAACACGAGCGCUCGGUGGAACACGCCAUGGCCUACAACGACUCCCACUGGUACGGAGGGGCAGAGUCGGCGACACAACAUUGGCCUAUCAGCAUCCAGGGUGAGGAGGAGCCACUCCCCUUCAUCACCAGUGACAUCUACAAUAAUCGGAAUGCCUUUGGGGGAAUCCUGGAACGCUAUUGGCUCUCAUCAAACGCAACCGCUAUAAAGAUAAACGAUUCGGUUCCGUUUCACUUGGGCUGGUCGGAGAAGGACAGGACCCUCCGGUUCCAAGCCCGUUACGAGGACUCUCCUUACAGACCGCCCAAAGGACAACGGGCCCUGCCUGAACUCAGCUACAGAGUUUGCGUCGGCUCUGAUGUCACGUCUAUUCACAAAUAUAUGGUGCGGCGGUAUUUCCCCAAGCCCAUCCAGGUGCCGGCCUCGGACGUGUUCCAGCACCCCGUGUGGUCGACCUGGGCCCUCUACAAGACGGCCGUCACCCAGGAGAAGCUGCUGCAGUACGCCUCCAACAUCACCCGGCACGGCUUCACCUGCUCCCACCUGGAGCUGGACGACCGCUACACCGCCGACUACGGGGAGUUCGACUUCGACCCGCAGAAGUUCCCCAACGCCAGCGGCAUGUUCGAGCGGCUGGCGGCCAGCGGCUUCCAGGUGUCGCUGUGGACCCACCCCUUUGUCAACUACGACUCCAUCAACUUCGCCGUGGGCGUGGAACGGGGCUACUUCGUUCGGGAGCCCAGCGGCGAGCUGCCGGCGCUGGUGAAGUGGUGGAACGGCAUCGGCGGGAUCCUGGACUUCACCAACCCGGACGCCCGCGACUGGUACGCCGCCCAGCUGCACACGCUCAAGAGCCGCUACGGGGUGACCUCCUUCAAGUUUGACGCCGGGGAGACCAGCUACCUGCCGCGCCAGUUCAGCACCCUGGGGCCGCUGACGGACCCCUCGGUCUUCACCCGCCGCUACACGGAGAUGGCGCUGCCCUUCCACCAGCGGGCGGAGCUGCGGGUGGGCUACCAGAGUCAGAACAUCUCCUGCUUCUUCAGGAUCAUCGACCGGGACUCGGUGUGGGGGUACGAGCUGGGCCUCAAGUCCAUCAUCCCCACCGUGUUGACCAUCGGUAUCCUGGGCUACCAGUUUGUCUUGCCUGACAUGAUAGGAGGCAACGCCUACCCUAACCGCACCACAGGUGAUGGACAUGGUCUGCCAGACAGGGAGCUAUAUAUCCGGUGGCUAGAGCUGUCUGCUUUCAUGCCCGCCAUGCAGUUCUCCAUUCCCCCCUGGGCCUAUGAUGAUGAGGUAGUAGAGAUUGCACGAAAGUUCACGGAAUUCCACAAGAACCUCGUGGCACCGAGGGUUCUGGAGCUGGCCGGCGAGGUUCUGAACACGGGCGACCCAAUCAUACGGCCCCUGUGGUGGAUCGCCAACGACGACGAGGCUGCCUACAAGAUUGACUCCCAGUUCCUGAUAGGAGACGACCUGAUGGUGGCGCCAGUGUUGGAGCCAGGCAAGCAGGAAAGGGACAUUUACCUGCCGGCUGGAAGGUGGAAGAGCCGCAAGGGGGAAUACUUUGAUAAAGGACCCAUGUAUCUCACUGAUUACCCAGUGGACCUGGAUGAGAUUGCCUACUUCACAUGGGUACAUUAAAGGCACGGUUAGACAAGAGGGAACACACAAGCACACAUAUACGCAAUACUGAACAGACAGGAAGGGGGAAGGAUAGUUGAAACGUUAAAAAAGGCGAAACAACAGUUUAUAACCUUGUAAUGACUCACUCCAUUGCUGCUCUCAACCUGCUCCCGCCCACAAACUGCUUCCCCGGUGGUGAUUGCAAUGCUCUGCCCAAAGUUCUGGUCGGAUUCAGUGAUUUAAUCUUCCAGCCAUCAUCAUGUGCCUUCCACAGCCUUCAAUAACACUUUACUGAGAUUGUACCAUGUUGACCACUGUCUGCCUGCUUAGCAGCCAACCAAGUCCUGCCCUCCCCUUCAGCCUUUAGGGAAGUAUGGCUGGGGUUGACCUAAGCUGCGUUUUCUUGUUGGGUUUAUGUAUAAUUUCAUAUGGUUGAUUUAAUGCUGCAUUGCUUCAUAUUUUACCAAUUUGUUUUUAUUAAUCAGCUGCUUUGCAAAGGCACGGGAGAAAUCAAAACAGUGUUGUAUGAAAUAGACGAGUUACGAUGUUAAAAGAUCGACAGAAAUUUGGGGGCUUUCUAUUAGGAGAAUAUAUUUUUGCUUUACUUCCAACUUCCAUCCAAGAGCGAAACGGGGCAAGAGCUCAAUAUAACAUAUCUGAAUUGGUUAAUAAAUAAUGUUUGCAUAUCGCAAACUUGAUAUCUGUCUGAAGAGGUUAAUUUAUUUUAAUAAAUCAUUCACUCUGUAUUCAUUAUUAUUAUCAGGCUUUCUAUUUGGUGUUUACAAAAUCUGCUUUGAAUCAUGCUUAUGUUUAAAUAAAUGCUCAGAGGAAAUGUAAAAGACGACAAUGUAUUGUUAUCCAUCCUUAAUAGGAGUAAGUAAGUAUGUAUGCCUUGUACAUCAAGGAUGGGUGUGUUUGAAAGCUGACUUGAAAGCUAUACUGAAUAUCACACUUCUGUAAUUUAUGAGAUUAGUUUCAUUUUGGAUGUCAAUUUCUUUUUUAUUCCAAACCGUAUUAGAUUUAUGAAAUGGAAUGUUGUUUCAUGUGCACAUUGCUUGGCUUUAUGUAUUUGUAAUCAAACAAUGUAACUAUAUGUUUAACUUUUGCCAAAGCUAGCUAUGUGGGCUUGGAAAAUGGCUUGUUUGACUUUGAUUUUCAGUUCCUCAUCCAUAUUUUAUAGGCGUUUGUUUAACAAAUUAAAUAAUGACUUGUUUUGCCUCGUAUAUAAAUAAGGGGAUUUCAGGAUUUUCCUCCACCAUGAAUGUACUAACCUCCAUGUGCCAUAGAAUAAAUAUAUUGCCUGGGUUGAACCCA